AUGGCCGGGCAAUUAUUCGAAAAUACGAUCAAAGACGCUUUAUUAGUAGAGUGUGUGCGGGCGCAUCCUGAAAUAUAUGAUAAGGCACAUGCAGGAUAUAAGAAUGUCGGAUUAAAAGACUCUGCAUGGAAGAGUGUGGCCGAAACAAUAAAUGCAUCGGUCAUGGAUUGUACGGCCAGGUGGCAUACUCUUCGCGAUAGGUUUGUGAAGGAGAAGCGUAUUCUUGAGCAGGAGGGGAGGUCUGGAGCAGCGGCCUCAACCCGUCCAGAAUGGCCCCUUUACAAUGUCAUGUCGUUUCUGACACCUCACAUUAGAAAAAGAAAAUCUGUGAAUAAUUUCUCACCAAAGGCGUCGAUGUCCGCAGCCACAUCUUUACCAACUUUGUCGCCAACAGAUGAAGAGCUGUCGCUUCCGCCGUCAUUGGCAUCUUCAGGCAGCAUAGCAACAAUAUUGAGCGAGCAGGCUGUGGAUGAUGAUAGUGCUCCAUAUAGAGUGAUUGCUACCUGCUCUCCUCCCUCGCCACCUUCACCUGAGUGUAGAUCAUCAUCAGCUGCUGCAAGCUUGCCCUACUUAGGACCUACAGGUCGGUGCAAGAAGGCAAAGGUGGACGAAACGGCUGAAAUGUUCAAAGAGACUCUCGUCAAUCUGAACAAAUCUAUGGCUACAUCUAGUACUGCUGCUCCACCACCUUUAAUUAAUAUUAAUGAUCCAGACGUCUUGAUUGGCAAAAGUGUUGAAUCUUGCCUCAAGAGUCUAACAAAUAUGGGAUUGAAACUGAAGUACAGGAGGAAAUUUAGAUCUAUCAUUCAAGAUUGUGAAGAGGAGGCUGAAGAUUUAAAAGUACCGGAAGUACCGAAUUAA